AUGCAAGAUUCCCACCACCACCGUGCCCCCAGCCUGGGUCAGAUGCAUCAAGAGCUGGAGAACGAACAAGAGGCCCAAGUCAAUAGACUGCUGCACAUGAUAAGAGUCCAACAAGACCAGAUCGAUGAACUGCAUGGUGAUCAGCCCGCUACUGCCUCUUCGCCCGCUGUCACGGACUCCGAGAACAGGCCUCGUACUCUGUCAAGCUCGAGCAGACAGCAGCCAGCACUGCCCCAGCGCCCCGUCACAUUAUCGCGACACUCAUCCCAAGCCAUAUCCGUCACCAGUGGUCCCCGAAGCAGUAGCAGAUCUCCUGCCCUCCGUCCUGUAGCCUCACCGUACGACAACCAACGCGAGGAUUGGCUGCUCGGUGCCAACCGUGAUGAGAGUGCUUUCUACCAAGCAGAGACGCAGAUGUUGACCCGAGAGAACCAGAUGCUCAAGGCCCGCAUCCGUGAACUUGGUAAGUUCAUCUAA